CUGCGCAAACUCGGCCAAUCUUGACAUUGGUUUACAGAUUGGCCUACUAUCGUGCACAAGGAGAGAUCGUUAACAGCAAGACUUCAAAUUUGGAUUCGCGCCAGGCACGGCAGAUUGCGCCGCCCUUCAGAGACAUGAGAAGGGAAUCAAUUUUGCCAUCUGCCCGGAGAAACGAUGCUAAGGUGCUGGCGGCGUCACACGGCCAAAGCUAUCGCACUCUUGUGUAUGCUAUUCAAGACAUCGAUGCUUCGAAAAUGCACGAAGUUCAUCCAGAUUACAAGUACCGAGAUUCCGACAGCCGUUUCGAGGCGCUUUCAAUGUUGAUACAGCAGUAUUCUCUGAAAGCGCAGUUUCGAUCGAAAGCGGGAUCGCAGGCUAUCACGCCAGAACAGCUGAUUGAUCGCAUGAAAAAAGCGUACUACUUCCAUUCUAGCAUAGAUCGGAAGCGUUAUUCGGUAGACGAGCGAGAAGACCUUAUUUUCACUACGGGCAGCGAACAUCUCGACCCUGCUUGGUGGGACAACGCAGUCGCAGCCGCAAAAGCGUUCAACCAAACGAAUGAUCUUGUCAACUACGGUGAAUUUGGAACUGUGUCAUUAAGCAAUGAUGUCCAGGCAAUUCUUUCAGGCUCGAGCUCGACAUGGGAUCACAACGAGCUCUACGAUGAUCCAGGCUCCCAACUCCAGGCUCCAGACACUGUGGACAAGGUAGAGACUGGCACAGAAGCGGCUGAAGACUCAGAUCUGGAGGAACCUCCACGAAAACGUCAGCGGCAAGCGUGUCGGGCAGCGACGUCGAUCGAUACUACAAACACUCUUACACCAGGUCGGGUACCCAUUGUGGUGCAGCGCGAUUUCCAGCUCAGAGCUUCAACGCCAACGCCCACAAGCCCCAAGCCAGAACCACAGCGAACAACCUCAGGACAAUCCACGAUGUCCAAUACAUCAGACUCACUCUCAUCCAUUGACAGUUCAGUACUUUCCGAAAGCGGUUGGCAGCGUCCUUCGGGCGAGGACAAUGCCAGUCGUCUCCAGCUUGAGAUCGCGACCAUAACGAGCGAAUCCGUUGCCCGUCUAUUCGAAGUGAUACAACUCGACGUUCAGGAGCUCUUCACCUACGAUGCCAGCUGCUCCGAACCUCUCGCACGCCUAUUUCGCUUGUGCUGUGGACAGAACUGGAUCCAAACACUCGACACUUUCAGAACUCGUCGGUUUCUCCGAGCGAGCGAUUUGACGACAGCACUCCUUUCGGCGGCAGUGUCUACAGAGAUCUUGAGUGAGCACAAUUGGAUGUUGCAGCUCUGUCUCCAAGCUGCAGUCGAGCAAUCAGACUACCAAGACGCAUUAUUUCAGGCAAUUUCUUUCGAUGCAGCGGAUCACCUUCGAGCGGAGCAACUGACCGCAGCGAUCUCUGCGCGAAAGCUUCGCGACACAGCCAGUGCACAACCACUCACCAAUAUCCUGGCCGACUUCGCUGCAACUACCGCUGACAGAAUCCUCCACAUUUUGGUACCAUACAUUGAAGUCCUUGUCGACUUGUCUAAAGCCCUGAACCCGUAUCGGAAAUCAUUUGCUGCCAGACGAUGGCGCGAGGUUCUCACAGAAGAUCUUGGUCUAAUCGUGAGAAGGGCUAUCGAGCUCAAGCUGGAGACAUACGCUUCUGUGGAUCAUCGUUAUGAGUUUUUCUGGCCUGCAAGUGGAGACAUCUUUGAUGCAAAGAUUCAUCGGUCGCACGAAACAAACCCAAAUGGGCAAAUUGCUAUCGCAUUGGGACCGGGGUUGCGAUGUUUUGCUGAGACAUCACACCACGAUAUGCAGACUCGAUGUGACGAAGAAAAGGAAGUAGCGCAGUACCUUGGAUGUGCGGAAGUUAUUACCUGCGCCGAGUUUGAUGCGCCUGAGGCUAGCGCGUCGAAUAACAUUUGCUAG